CGCUCCUGCGGUAUAGGCCCUGUCAUUCGGAUCACUUGUCAGGCGAUGCUUUCGGGUGCGUCUGCCAGGGAAAUUGUGCUGCGGAAUAGAAGAUUCCGGCGGGGCUAUCUCGAGAUGUGUGUUCUCUUGGAGUGAGGGCCGCAAAUCAAUUUCGGCGUGACUGUUGGCGUAACGGCUGCGGCGGAUUGCCGAGAGAGAUGAGUGUGUGUCUUACAAAGUAUGCAGCAACUUUCGUGUAAGUUUUAGCCGCUUGCCGAAAACGUUGCACACACUCCGACUGUCUGCGAAAAUGGACGGUCUCUCCUUCGACGAAUUUGAGGACCGCAAGUUGAGCGAGCUCUACGACCGGAAUUUCGCAAAUGCGCGCGAUCUCGCAACCGGCUGGCGGGACUUGGAGUUCCCAAAAGCUCUCGGGCGAGGAGGCGCUUCUGGGCGGCAUUACCCGCUGGGAUACAGCGAUGACGCGCCGUCUGCUGUGCAGGAUAGAAGCAGAAAUGCGAGACCAGCACUGGGUGGGCGGCGCGGAACAAAUGAAACACCAGGAAGAUAUGCGGUGGAAGACUCUCGAGGUGAGCAUGACAGGCGGAUUAUACGCGUAUUUGUCUGCAGCUUGUUGAUGUGAUGACGUGGACGUACUGCCAUUCCUGAACGAACAUUGGUAUCGAGUUUUUCUUUCGUUCACGAAAAUCCAUCGAUUUGUCGUUUUUACUUGUCUCUCUUGUGGUCAAAACUUAACAGAACUACAACUGCUCUAGGCGGGGGCGGCGCGAUGGCGGCCCUUCCUCCAGCGAGGAGUCAGGCCCGCGGGCAAUUACAUGCGACUAGCAACACACGGCAGCCGCAGGUCCGGGACACGGACGCAGGGCAGUUUUUGGAGCAAAUCAACAUGACGCAGCACAUCGACCAGGAUCGUCGACCGGUCGUGCGAAACGAUACCACUGGAGGUGCGGCAACAAGAAACAAGCCACUCCCAAACCGCAAUUCUUCGUCGUGGAAGCCCAGCAACGAGCUCCGUGCUUUGGGGAACGUGAGUGCGCGGCCGGCGCCAGUGAGUGCCCGCCCGGUGGCAGCCGCAGCCUCGUCGGGCGGCGGGGAAAAAGGUGCAUUUGUAGGAUGGAAAAGUAAUUGAAAGCUCUUGCAGAAUAUUUGAAUGAUCUUGAAACUGAAAGAUGACCUGAGAACCAAGACGAGAAAGAUGAGGAAACUACUUACUGCAAGUCCCAGACAACACAAAAUCAAAUUUGACCCGAACGUGAAAGCACGCACAGAAAUCGAUCCAACAACGCUCUACAAUUUCUGUUGCCAGCUUGCAGGAGCGUUUUGUCCACUAGUGAUGAGCACCUUGAAUACUUGCUACUUUCGACUUGCUGCAAGGCUUGCGUGAGAACAAACUUCAAACC